UCCUAGUUUUCGUAUCUCUGCCGCAGCCAGCCAAUGAAAGCUCAGAGAGCCCCCGACAUGAGAAGCAAAAUACUCUAUACAGGAUCGGUUAUGCAGGACGUCCUAGCGAGAAAGGAUAAAGAUGAGCUUGAAAGUCUGAUUCGGAUAUUGAGUAAUCGUGGUAUGAGAGGCUGCAGGGGAACAUGGGAGGAAUUUGUAAAAGUAUACUUCCCAACGUUUGGACGAAUCAUUACUUGUCCUUCGUUUUAUCCACGAGAGGGCCUCCUCACUUUCCUAGCUACAUUCAGGAAGAAAGAGGAUGAACAGCUAUUCUUGGCUUGGAAAAUGAGUCGCGGCCGUCAUCUGUCUCACGUAGUAGUCUCAAAGGAACCUUCGGACGGUACUCAUUUGCAGAGGCUGGUUCGCUUGACUCAUACUCGUGAUGACCACCCAUUAGACUACUUUUUGCCCCCGGAGGACAAGGAUUGGGUUGUCACGAGGAGGUGGGAUGGUAAAGUCGGUAGUAAGAUGGUUGCUGUUUGUUGUGAGAUGGUUCUUUGUAAUGAUGGGAGUGAAACUGUUGUUAGAGUUUCUGCAGUUGACCGUUAUUUAAAGGUGAUUCUUGACGAAUUUGUGAAACCGAAUAAACCAGUUUCUGACUACAGAACCGAUGUUACCGGGCUUAAUGCUCAAGAUCUUGAAAGUGCUUCUACUCUUUCUGUCGCAGAUUUACAGGAAAAAGUGGGGAAAUUCCUCUCUUGGAAUACGUUUAUGGUAGGCCACUUUUUGAACCACGAUCUAAAUGCUUUGAAGAUGGAUCAUGCAAGAAAAAUUGAUACUUCUCUUGUGUUUAAGUAUGAUUAUUCCGACGGUCCGAGCAAGCCUCCAAGGCCUUCUUUCGAUAAUCUGUGCAAGAUGUUGAAAGCUGAGGAGUCAUUAAAACUGUCCGUUCAAGCAAAGUCAAAACCCUUCAUUCCAGCAAAGAGAAGUCUCACAGAGGAGGACAAGGUGAGUUCUAAGAAACAGAAGAAGGAGGAGAAUGUCAACCAAAGUCAGCCGAAGUCAACAAUACCAAAGCCUCUGCCUCAAACAGAGGAUUUGAGUAAAGCAGAGAAGAAGCCUAAUCCUCUGAGUCAACCAGAGUCUUCUGUCUGCAACAAUAGGAAGCUUCCUCCCAAACGGUCAUCGACAACAUCACGUGCUUCUAUUACUCUGCGAAACCAAUUUGCUAUUUUGAGUGAUCUAGAUUAAGCAAUGUGUCAUGUGUUACCCUAAUGUCUCUAAGAGUGUCUCUAUUAUGAAUAUGUAAACACUCUGUAUUUGGCAGAUUAAGAAAUGAGAAUUGCAUUU